AGUGAAGUGAGCCAGAGAGACUCAGAGAGACACGUCAGACCUGUCGGGGAGGAGAGAACCUGCUGGGUCGCAUUCCCAACUCGCCUGCCCGGAACUCUGCACACACCUGGGACUGGAGCUCUCCUCCUAUGUUGGUCGCAGAGUGAGGGACCGAGACUGGGGAUCAGUACUUCGCUCUAAUUGGCUGGAAAAGGAGAAUCUCGACCACCAUGAGGACCUUCUGGCUCCAGCUGAUGUUCGUCCAGCAGGUGACCAGUUCAGGAGCAAGACAACACUCACUCUGGGUUUUGGCUACCUGUGUAUUCGGGCCCUCAAAGCUGCCUGAGUUUAGUGGUGUGCUGCUGCUGGACGACCUCCAGGUGGCGUACUACGACUCCACACUGGACCACCUGGUCACCAACAGCAUGGACAGGACGCCACUGGACCUGGGUCAGAGCGCCAUGGGGAUUGUUCAAGACAUGUAUUUUGGCAUGAGAGACCGAAUAGCUUUCUCCAAGCACCGCUUCAACCAGACCAAAGGUCUCCACAUCCUGCAGAAACUAGCCGGCUGUGAGAUCCAGGACGGACAGCCGACGUUUGUCAUGUCACGAAACAGUUAUGAUGGACAGGACAUCGACAGUCAGAUGUUCAACACGACCCACUUCUCCUACACAACCAGAGAAGGCUGGGAGAACCGGUGGACUGCAGCCGAGUGGCAGAUCGAACAAACCCUCUAUCAUCACUUCUACCUCUCGACAUGUGUCUCGGCCCUGGAGCAGCUGCUGGAGCAGAAGAAGAACCUGGUGACCCGUCGAGUCCGGCCAAGACUCCACGUCUUCUCCAGACCGAGGAUGGGCGGAGCCCUGCUCACCUGUCUGGCCACGGACUUCUACCCACGCCACAUCAACCUGACCCUGCUCCGGGACGGUCAGCAGGUGGAGGAGGAUCAGCUGAGCACUGGGCCUGUGCUGCCCAACGGCAACGGCCUGUACCAGGUGCGGAAGACGCUGGUUCUGACGGAGCAAGAGCAAGAACAUAACUACACCUGCACCGCCGCUCACCUGAGCCUGGACAACCAGCUGCAGGUGAGCUGGAGGGCAGAGUCCUUCCACUCCCACCUGGCACGCUUGGUCUUGCUGCUCGUCAUGGUGGUCCUGGUUCUGCUGCUGGUCCUGCUUCUGGUCCUGGCCAAGUGUUGCAUACCUCAGGAGUCAGGAGCUCACACAGACUCAGUGGGGGCAGAGAGCGUUGCCAUGGUGACCAACAGUAGCUGAGCGACCACCAGGAGGCACAUCCUCGCUGGUCUUCUUCUUCCCUUCUUGCCUCCUAGCUUCCAUCUGCUCCCAUGUGAAGAUGAAUGUUCCAGUGUGACUCACAGCAGCUGUUCAAUAUUCAGAUCAAUAUUCAUAAAUGUUAUGAGUCAAUACAUGUCAGGUGUUCCGUCGAUGGGCUCCAUCACUCAUUAAAUCCCCUGGCUUCUUCUCGCACCUCCGACACCAGCUCAGGAGCUCAUUGCUCCACGUGAGUCUCACCACCUUGGCCUCCUUCUGCUGCUGCUCCUCCUUUAUCUCCAGCCUCUGGGGAGGACCCAAACCUCCUUCUACUCCCUUCUUCUUCAGGAGUAUGGUGGUUGGAGGACAACACAGAGCAGGAAAAACUCAAGGGGCAUCUGAUCUGGAAGGUGCAGAGGAGUCACCAUGGAUCAUGUGAUUAUUUGUUGGGAGAUUUAAGUUACCAUUUCUCACCAGUCAGAGUGUGAAAGAGCGAAAUAGUGAAUGUGACACGAAGAACCCCGAGGCUGCGUGUGGGGAGGAAGAGUAGAGACUCUUUCUGGCAGGUGUGUGUCUCUCUAUCUUGUACCUACGUGUGGGUAUCUGGCACUUGCAUCAGUGUUCUGCUGAAAACAUCCUGUGUUUGGGGGGAAUUCUCCAACUCAUGCGCUAAUGAAAGCAGCUUCUAUUGCUCUGAAAGCUCUCCUCAGCUGCUGAAAGCGUCAUCAUGAAUCCAGUGUACAUACAGUACAUCCAA